AUUCUGAGUCCGCCGUAAUGAUGUCUGAGAGACCGUGAUCUGCCUAUGAUGAUGUCUGGGCAACUGCGAGCCAGCUGUAGUGAAGUCUGGGGGACUGGGAUUUGACUUUCGUGAUGUCUGCAGAUCUGAGAGCUGGCUGUAGUAUUGUCUGCAGGGCGGAGAGCUGGGUGUGAGGAUGUGUGUGAGCAGACGGUGGCGGUGCCUAGGGGACCGGGAGCCGGCUGUAGCUGUUUCUGGGGAAUCGGGUUGUCUGCUCCUGCACAGUGGGAGGAGAGUUUGUGAUUUGACUGGUUGCUGCUGAGUUUGUCUGUGUGUGUGUGUGUAGCUGGCUUACUGACUCCACAGCGGCCGGAUACUCGUGCUCACUGCUUCUCAGCCAGGAGCAGAGGAGAGAAUGCCUCACCGCAAGUUAGGACAUUAAAAAACCAGAGCGGAAAAUCAAGUUAGAGAGAGAAAGAGAAAACGGAGGAAUACGAAGAGAACCGGCGACUGAACUGUGUGUUGAGCAGCGAUGAGUUAUAAAAGCCCGGAGGUGAAGAACGUUAAUCAAGAGAGGAGGGAAAUGUAUUAAAGUAAGAAACAGUUGGAAUGGUCACUUGGGCUGGUACUAAACAAUUGGCAGUAAAUGCUGAACAAUGCCAUGGCAGGGGCCACUGACAGCUGAGAGGAAGAGGGUAGGAAAAGAAGGAAAAUGUGUAUGUUUAAAGGCAGACUAAUUAUCUCCACUAACUGGCAUCAGAAGCGUGUCUUCACAGCUUAAGAGCAAGAUUGUGCUGAGCCACUCCUUAACUGAGGUUGACUAUUUUUUCCAAUGUUGUAAGAGCGUCAAAAGAAAUUAGUCCAGGACAUCAUUGAAGAUGUAGUUAUUUAAUGCCCAAUUGCUGUAUACGUUUGCAUCACUACAACAAGAUACAUGACAAUAAAAUGCGUUCAGUGACUGAUCACACAGAAAAUAAAUUUGCUACCUUUACUUUCAGUAAGGACUUUGAAAAGCCGCCUCGACUAUUUAAUGAAGGUGAGCAGCAGCCAAUGAAUUUACUUGCAACACUGGAGGUCAAAGGAGAGCGCAGGUUUGGAUGGAGUAGACAUAUCUUUGCUUGGAAAGCCAAACAUGGGACCCUGUUUAUGGGAGUAAUAAUAUUGUGCCUAGUUAUGGUAUCUUAUAUUUUAACUAGAGACCAACAGAAAUUAUUGUUGACUCCAUCCCCAUUCCAGUACAGUACAACCACAAAUAAUGAAGAAUCUCCAGAAUUGGAUCUUACAGAAGUUGAAAGUGAUGCUGAGAGGCUUUCCUUACCAUUUAAUUGGUUAGAAAGAAUCAAUCAUGCAACACACGAACACAGCACUGAUUCUAAACUUCAGCUCAUGCCAAGGAGACUGCCAGAGAGGGAGGACCUUGUAAAACAAGAGGCACAUAUAUUCUCUGUCAUUCCAAGAAACUUUCUUCAAAGUGUGAAGAACCAUUGUUGGUAUACGAGAUAUACAGGGACUGCAUCCACGGACCCUUACAAGAAAAAUGCUUAUUUUUUACACACAAAACAUUUUCAGACUAUAUUUGAUUACUUGAAAAAGGUAAUUUGGAAACACUUGCAACAUCGUGGUGAUGAACACUACCGCCUCCGCUGUCUUCCUUAUUUCUAUAUUAUAGGGCAGCCAAAGUGUGGGACUACAGAUCUGUAUAACAGACUUAGAUUGCAUCCGGAAGUGAGUUUUUCCAUAGUCAAAGAACCUCACUGGUGGACAAGGAAAAGAUUUGGUAUUAUCCAACCCUGGAAUGGGUUCCAUGACCGAUACCUUAUUGAAGAUUAUCUGGAUCUGUUUGAUCUGGCUGCUCAUCAGAUUCAGAGUCAGAUAGCCAAUGCUUCUGCUGAACAAGAAAUUAAAAGCAACACGGUCAUUGGUGAAGCAAGUGCUUCAACAAUGUGGGAUAAUAAUGCUUGGCAGAAUUUUUAUCAUCGCACUGCUGAUGGUGAACCACCAUAUUUAAUUCUGGACUUCCUUCAUGCAGUUCUGCCGUCUGCUAAACUCAUUGUUAUGCUUAGGGACCCCGUCGAGAGGCUGUAUUCUGAUUACUUGUACUUCAUAAGCGCGAACAAAUCUGUCGAGGACUUCCAUGAAAAAGUAAAAGAUUCACUGCAAAUAUUCGAUGGAUGUUUGAUGCACUCUUCCCUUCGAUCCUGUGUGUACAACUGCACCGUGAACUCUGCCAUGCCUGUGAGAUUGCAGAUUGGGUUAUAUGCAGUCUUUCUGUGGGACUGGUUUACAGUUUACAAUCCAAACCAAUUCCUCAUUCUCCGGCUGGAAGAACAUGCUGCUGACUUGAGAAAGAGCAUGCACCGAGUCUUCGAUUUCUUGAACUUGGGAAGUUUGACUGAUCAACAGGAGGCAGCCGUCAUUAACAAUCCUGCAUCAAAUACCAGGCGUCCCAAAGACAAAAGCCUUGGACCUAUGUUGUCAAAAACCAGGGAGCUUCUCAAGGAUUUCUAUGGGCCAUUCAAUGAAAAGCUGGCUUUGUUACUUAAUGAUGAUUCCUUCUUAUGGGAGCAAUAGCGACCAAAUUCAUAAAAUUGUAAAAUAUCAAAUGUUUUAUAUGCUUUCUUCACUUUUGUGGAAUGUUCAACAAAACAUUGAUUUUCAAGUUCAAAAGUUAUUUUUUUAAGUUUAUUUUUAAACUUUUAACUGAAGACUUGUCCAAAAUUCAGUAGAAGGCGUGCCUGAACUUUAACCAUAAUUAUAAAGGUGAACAUUAUCUGUAUGUCCUCAUGUAACUUGCUGUGGAGUACGUAGAUUUACAAUACUUGACACUGUGACCAUCAUACAAGAGUCCUGAGCUUGUGUAAACAUUUUUUUAACAGAACGUAAUUCGUCAUGUGGUUUUAAAUAUUUUGUAGGGUUUUCAAUUAUGCAUAUGUACUUGGUAACAAUGAAAUCUUUACAGAAUAUGUUUAAAUAUUGCUAUCGAACAUACAUAAGAGAUUUCAAUAACAGUGCCUACUUUAGUCUUCCGGGAAUUCAUAUGCCAUAAUUAUGGUUUAGUGGUGGAUGCAAGAGCUACUAUUUUUAACUUAUUUUUAUUGCUUCCCUCUCUGUUGGUUUAUGUGGUGGAGUGAAAGAGAAAUGUCUCGGACAAUUGUGCUGAUUGAGUUCUACAAAAUCCAUUAUCUUUGUUUCCCAUCAGUUAAGAACAGUUACAGAAUUUGUUCUGUGUUCUCAAACAAAAAUCAGUUGGCCAUAGUUUAUUUGUUUCUAGGCAAAAGUAUGACUGGUGAAAUGUUAAUUCUUUCUUCCACAAAUAGAAUUGGACAAAACUGUAUUUUCGAGGUCCAUGUGCACAGCAAACCUAUAUUUUUGUGUAACACUCCGGUCACUGUUAUAAACAGAAGUUUGCACUGCAUAUUUGCAAUGAAUCUAUGCUUGAUUUUACUGGGAAUUGCUUUUCAGUCCACGGUCAUACCAUUUGCAUUUGUCAUCAACUAUGUUAGGAAAGUUUGUGUAGCAGUGCCCUCUAUUGUCAAGUGGUUUAUAAGUUGAACAUUCGGUUUAAAUGAACAAAUACAGGUUCAAAGAAUCUCAAACGCAUGUUUGUGAUAGUGGACAUUACAUUUAUCUGAAAUGAUAAAACUUCAGUACAACAAAGGUUUUCAAAGUUUAUCGUGUAAACUGCAUCAGGAAGAAUGUGGUUUAACUGGUUGAAACUCCUUGGGCGCACUCAGCAAUAAAGACCAUUAAUUUGCCAAAUGCUGAAAGGACUUUAUACUUUUGAGAAUGCUAAUAUUUUUCUGAAUUAUCUUUUACACUCAGGAUGAAUAGGGUAAUUUGACUUUUGCUACCCAGCCAAUUACUCCAACAUCAGGCAUUAUUGCAUGGUUUUACAAAAUAAAGCCAGUUUACACUAUAUCUCAGCAAUAGGUCACAACCUGCAGGACCAUUGGCCUUUGUUUUUAUGCCUGUUUAAUAUCCUGUUUUUCACUUUCUUGGUGUUCUGUUUUAAUAAAAAGAGAAAACAAAUGCAAAAUAUUUGAACCUUUCCAAAAGCAUUUGGCUAAAUCCAGAAAGAAACAGCAUUUUUAUGAACUAACUAUCUUAAAAUCUCAAUUUAAACACAGUUUAAUGUGUAUGGCCUAGCCAAACAUUAACUUCCAAUGAUUAUGGAUAGUACUUAAAUGGAUCUUACAAAUUUUUGCUAGACUUCUGGAUAAUUUUUUUCAAACAAAUCAUUCCUGAAAGGUUUAUUGUAAUUCAAUCACUCACCUACCAUUAUGAUGGGAUAAUAAAUUGAAAAAUUAUGAACAGAGGUGCAGUUGUGAUCUUGCUUUCAAUGAGAAAUGGUCUUGGUGAAUUGAAUCAGCCUAUGAUUUUGAACCUGAGGGCCUCAAUGGUAACUUUAUUGCAUUGUCCUUGCAAUAUCCUGGUAUUUUACUUCACCAUUUUCCAACUGUGUGAAAUGGGUAUUCACAUCUAGGUAUUGGAGAGGAGUAGCUGUUAAGGGUGGGGAAUAAGAUUAGCAAAGUUAUUUUCAGGCUACAUUUGAAUGCUUUUUUUUAAAAGAAGAGAUUAUUUCCUAAUUGUGAAAUUGGGUAGAUGUCUUGCGCCAAUAUUUUGGAAUUGUUGGGAUAUUAGUUUUUAUAUUCAUUCAUGGGAUAUGGAUGUAACCAGCAUUUAUUGCCCAUCCUUAAUUGCUCUUUGAACUGAAUGGCUUGCUAAGGCCACUUCAGAGUCAAGCAAAUUGCAAUGGGUCUUGGCUCACAUAGGCCGUAUCAGGUAAAGAUGAAUGAUUUACUUCUUUUUAAGGGCAAGAGUGAACCAGAUGGAGUUUUGUGACAUGUUAACUUUUAAUUCCCAAUUUUUAAAAUUCAGUACAAAUUUCAUCAUCUGUCGCAAUUCAAAACAAUAUCUACAGAGCAUUAUCAUGGAUCUCUGGACUACCAGUCGAGAGACACCAUGACCUUCCCAUAAUAAUACAUCGUAUCUGUGGUAUUGAGCUUUUGGAACAGUUACACCAUUUCUUCAAAAAAAAACAACAAAUACAUAUUAAAUUUGCCAGAAACUGAUCUAUUACUAACCUCUUAUCCUAAUUUGCAGGCAAAAGUACUGCUUCCUAGCAAUGGCUAUGCAGAGGUGGUUAUAAAGUUGACAAUAACUCUACAGGAUUCUACAACCUGUGGAGUGUGUUGCAGUGAGCAAAUACCAUAGGACUGGUGAUGUCAUUGUGAUCAGAUGUAAUACCCUCGAUAUCAACACUAUUUCAUCAGUCAUUGCUGCAUCAUUCCAUCACUCAGUUGACCAUGGGUUUCCUACCUCCACAUUUUACUGUAGCAGCCACUGAGUUUUCAGCAGGUUUUUUUUAAGAACUGAAAUAACUUUUCAAAUUCUAAGAUGUAUAUUAAAGAAUAUUGGCUUUUCCUAAAAUCUGCCACAAUUUUUAUUCUUGUUUCAGGGCUGCUUGCCCUACCCCUCCCUAUGAGCCCCAAGUAUUGUUCUCAAUAUUGAUUAAAAACUAAAAGAGGAAAUAUUGAGAUAGUUAAGAACCAUUACAUUAUACUCAGCAGUUUUAAAACCUUGCAAGCAUGCAAUGUAUAUGUAACCACAAUCACUAACCCACAAAAUGUGCUUAUGAUACUCAGCGCUGUGAAAACCACUGCACUCCAAUCCACUUCUUGCAUAAUUUCAAAACACGCCAACAUUUCCUCUUCAUUUUGAUGUAAUUGACCACAUUCUGUUAUCACAAAUUUUGUCAAUUGUCCGGCCUACUUUUCUACAAUAAGCAUGCUGAACCUGAAUCUGUUAACC